UGAUGCCUUGUCGCGCAUAACGACAGGCAGAAUACGCGACUUCGGCAUCGGGGUACACGUCCGCACGUGACCCAACUUUAUGUCCCAUUGGCACCUGCGAGGAAGACCAGCACAACCAGCCAUUGCCAGCACCUGCGACUUCCAAAAGCUUCAACGCCAUACCCUCUAUUCAACUGCAUGAUACCCUCCCUAUAGAACCCCACCACGCCGCCAUGGCGCUCAGAACCGCCACCCGCCAGCUCUCGAAGCACGCCUCCCGCCAGCAAACCCGCGGCCUCGCCACGCCGGCAGCUACGCCGCCGACGACGCCCUCAAAGGGUCCCACAGCCAUGGUCUUCAUGAACAUGGGCGGCCCGUCCACGGUCCCGGAGGUUGGGGACUUCCUCUCCCGCCUCUUCGCAGAUGCGGACCUGAUCCCUCUAGGACGAUUCCAGAAGUACCUUGGCCCUCUGAUCGCGCAACGGCGCACACCGAAGAUCGAGAAGCAGUACGCGACGAUUGGGGGCGGGAGUCCGAUCCGCAAGUGGUCACAGCUUCAGGCGGCGGAGAUGUGCAAGAUACUCGACCAGACGAGUCCCGAAACGGCGCCGCAUAAGCCGUACGUGGCGUUCCGGUACGCGGAUCCGUUGACGGAGAAGAUGUACGCAAGGCUGCUGGCGGAUGGGUUUGGAGGGGGGAAGGGGGGGAGGGCGGUGGCGUUUACGCAGUACCCGCAUGUUAUUGAUCGCUGGCCGGCGCAUAAGGGGUUGGUGGAGGCGUUUGCGCAGAACAUCGAGGCGACGCUGGCGACGUACUCGGAGGCCGAUAGGAAGGAUGUCACGAUUUUGUUCUCGGCGCACAGUCUACCGAUGAGCGUGGUAAACAGGGGUGACCCCUACCCCGCCGAAGUCGCCGCGACGGUCUACGCUGUGAUGGAGCGCCUGAAGUUCUCACACCCAUACCGGUUGGUCUGGCAGUCGCAGGUCGGACCGCAGCCGUGGCUCGGUGCGCAGACAUCGGACACGGUGACGAACUACGUGGCGAACGGGAAGAAGAACCUCGUGCUCGUGCCGAUCGCCUUCACCUCCGACCAUAUCGAGACACUGUUCGAGUUGGACGAGGAGGUGAUCGGCGAGAGCGGAUGCAAGGAUUCGAUCCGCCGCGUGGAGUCUCUGAACGGGAACCCUGUGUUCAUACAGGCGCUGGCGGAUAUCGCAAAGGCGCAUCUGGAGAGCGGGGUACAGUGCUCGAAGCAGAUGGCGUUGAGAUGUCCAGGGUGCACAAACGCGAAGUGCGAGGCGAGUAAGGACUUUUUCGCUGGCAGCCCACGAGGGCCAGUGGAGGCAUAA